AUGAGCAAUAUUAUCAGUGAAGAACUCAAGAAAGAACUUGGAGAAGGCGAUGAUAUUGUCAUUGAUCCUGAGGCUGGUCCAAAAGAGCAACAAGAACAGAAAUUAAAUAAGCAUCAGCUCAGAAAACAACGAAAUCAAGAACGAAAAAUCAAAUCUGCAUCAAAUAGCAGUGAAAAAGCAAAAAUAAAGAAAGAGAAGAUAAGACUUUUACAAGAAAAACGUGCAAGAGUCGGUGAAGUUAUUGCAAAUUUCAAACAAAACGCCGUAUCCAAACAAACAAAGGAGAUUAUGGCUACAUCAUCCAGCAUUGGUGUAAAAAAGACAGAAAAUCAGCUUUACAAGGAAGCAUUACAUCUAAGAGAAUUGAAUUUACCUUACGACAAAGAAAUUAUCGAAAAAAUCGAAAAGAAGAAGAAAGAAAAGGCCGACAGAAUUGCAGCAAUGCCAGCAUUUGUUCCAAUUCAAAAAUCCGAAGAAGAAAUUCCAAAUCGCGAAGAACCAGUUACAACAGAGAAGAUUCAGCAAAAGCAAGCCGCAGUUUUCAAGCCACUUAUACCACCAUCAAGACCAGAACUCGAGAAACGCGAUAUGCCAAGCAAAAUUACAAUUCGUGAUGGAAAACAAGAAACAGUCCAUCUUGAUCGUCCACAAGACGUCAUAGAAGUUAGAAAGAAGCUUCCUAUCAUAGGCCAAGAAACAGAAAUCCUCGAAUCAAUACGUGAAAAUGAUAUAAUUAUUAUUCAAGGUGAUACAGGUUCAGGUAAGACCACACAAGUCCCACAAUUCCUUUACGAAGCAGGAUACGGCACCUUCCGUGCGAAAGGAAAGAUUGUUGUCACAGAACCGAGAAGAGUUGCUGCAAUUAACAUGUCUAAGCGUGUUGCCUACGAAAUGGGCUUCAGACAUGGUGCAGAAGUCGGUUUCCAGAUUCGUGACCAACAUUUACUCACAGAUGCAACAACAAUUAAAUUUGUGACAGAUGGUGUAUUGUUAAAGGAGUUAGAAUCAGAUUUAUUCUUGUCCUCAUACUCAGUAGUAAUUAUUGAUGAAGCUCACGAAAGAACAGUUAACACAGAUGUUUUAAUUGGAUUAUUAUCCAAGAUUGUAAAGACAAGAAGAGAAAGAUCAGAGAAGGAUUCAUCCAUUGAGCCUCUUAAGCUGAUUAUUAUGUCUGCUACAUUAAGGUCAGAAGAUUUCACUAAGAACGAAAAAUUAUUUGAAGUUCCACCUAAAGAAAUCAAAGUUCCAGGUAGAAUGUAUCCUGUUACAGACCAAUAUCCUAAAGAUACACCUGCUCCUGAAAACGUUAACAAAUGUAUCAAGAAUUUGGUUGAUCAUCUCCAUGAAACACUUCCUGAUGGUUCAAUCUUAGUUUUCGUUCCAGGAAAAAGCGAUAUCAACGAACUUGUUGGCUAUUUCAGAUCAUUACCAACAGUAGAUCCUUCAAAGUCAAACAAAGAUAAACCAAAGGACGAACAAAAAGUGACAAAGGGAACUUCCUCCAAACCAGAGACCGAAAAACCAAAAGAACAAAAGCAAGAAACAGAAGAGAACGUUGACGAAGACGAUGAGAAUGAAAUCUUUAUUGAUGACAGUGGAAAGAGACACAGAAAACUCAAACCAAUCGAAAACUUUGAAGACAUGAUGUAUGGAAACCUUCCACCUGUUACAAGUCGCAAGCCAAUGUUAGUAUUACCUUUGUAUUCAUUGCUCGAUCCAUACGAACAAGAAAAAGUCUUCAAAGAUCCACCAAAAGACAAGAGAGUCAUCAUUUUCUCAACAAACGUUGCAGAAACAUCUCUUACAAUUCCAGGAGUAAGAUAUGUUGUUGAUUCAGGUCUCGAGAAAGUCAGAGUCUAUGAUUUCUCCAAACAAAACGUCAACGCAAAAGUCCAAUACAUUUCCAAGGCUUCUGCGAAGCAGAGGAAAGGAAGAGCAGGCAGAACAUCACCUGGCUAUUGCUUCAGACUCUAUUCACAAGCCUACAAACACAACGCUUUCGAGAAAUACUCUCCUCCAGAGAUAUUAAAGCGACCAAUUACAGAAGUAGUUCUACUUCUCAAGUCAAUGGGAUUAAACGACAUUUCUAAGUUUCCAUUUCCCACUCAAAUCAACGAAGAAAACAUCAAACAGAGUGAACUGAUUUUGCAACAUCUCGGAGCAAUUGAAACAGAAACUCCUCGCAAAAUCACACAGUUAGGAAGAAUAAUGGUUGGUUAUCCAUUGGAUCCAAGACUCUCUAAGAUCUUGAUCAUGGCAAAAGCAAACGGUCUCUUGGAUUACGCAGCUGUAAUUGUCGGAGUUCUUUCUGUAAGAGAACCAUUUGAAAGUAAUUCAAAUGAAAAAAGUGACAAUGCUUUAGAUGUUGAUGCAGACAAUUCAGAUAUAUUGUAUGCCAUGAAGAUGUUUUGUGCAUGGCAAUACGAACAACCUGAAGAGCGUCAGAAGUUCUGUUUGGAUAACAAUCUCAGACCGAAAGCCAUGGAAGAAAUACAAAAUAUCAGAUUCCAACUCAAAAAAUUACUUGUCAAAAAUAAAAUUGACAUUUGCAUCACGAGUUUGGAGCCAACAGACUCUAAACAAGCGAACAAACUACGCCAGGCAAUUCUCUGUGGAUAUCCAGACCACGUAGCUCAUCAAGUAAAAGGAAAUGAAUAUGUUUUACUUGAUGGAACAAAAUCAUUUUUACCAGGAAAUUCACAACUCAUUGAAAGUCCACCGAAAUACGUUGUCUACAUAGAUAAUGUAAGUAGUGAUGGAAGGAACAGAUUACAGAAUCCAUCACAAAUCGCUCCACAAUGGCUGAUGUUAGUUGGUUCUCCUCUUUUCUUAGUUAAAACUAACCAACAAACUCCUUAUUACGAUCCCUUGUCUGAUAGAGUUGUUUGCAAGACAGAAGGUGAAUACAAAAACAGCGAAAUCGAUGCAUCAAUGGCUGCACAAGUUGGUAAAUGGAAUAUCCCUGCUACUCCUUGCGAAGUACAAGAAAACAAAUACAUGUAUUUCGCUCAAGGUUUCUUGAAAGGUGACGUUUUUGAAGAAAUUAAACAGUUACAUAAAGGAAUGAGUAUGACAAUGAUCAACAAUUACACCGCACCUAACAAUAACAAGAUACCUCAGAAACACCUUGCAAUUGCUUCUGUUCUUAAAUCAAAGGAUAUUUCAACAAAAGCUCAAUUAAUCAAAGAAUUAAAACAAAAUCCAACAUUUUUGUUGAACCAGUUCAUGUAUUGGCUCGAAGAAGAAGAAUACAAGCCACAAGCUGUUAACUUAUGGAAGAAAUUCACAAAAUAA